UUUGUCUGCCUCUGCUUCCCCCUCCCUUCCUCACGCAGAGUCUGGUGGUUUCUCUCCCUCUUUUUUUUUUUUUUUCUUUCAAGUUCGGUGAGAUCAUCUCGCCCGGAGGCUGAGAUGUGACGGAAAUCCUAAGUGGUCUCGUUUUCCGCGAGGUUUCCUCAUCUAAACUCAGUUGUCGUCUUGCAGUCAGGUGGUAGGCGAUCGGAAAACGCAUACCUCGUGGCCUGCGGGGGAGGGAGGCGUGGAGAGGGGCCAGAGCUUAAAAGCGCACGGUGUAUGCAGCUUAGGAAGAAACGAUCGUAAAUAUUAGAGAAAGGGCCAGAAUAGGUGUGAACUAAGAAGGAAAGGAGUUUGUCUUGGGCUGGAAAAUGUGGACAAGCUGCUGGCUUGUGGCACUUGUUUCUUUGCAACGGAAAUGUAACCCAGAGCUGUAAAUGGAUUUUACAUUUUUGUUUCUUAGUAGUUAAAAUCCUGCAGCUUUCAACGCCUUGAAAUAUUUUAAGGGCCGAAGUAUUUCAUUUUGGUAGUGUUUGAUAACAAAUAUGGCUAGUAGCUGUCAUCCUUGCAGUUGUGUUAAACAGAUGGGACAGCUAAAGGCUUCUCAUUUCUUAUGGUUUCUAAGUGAGUCACUUAAGGAGGGUGAGUAAUUGCCCUACUGUCCCAUUGUCAACAAAACAGUAUUUUUGUGGUAGAAUUCCAGAUUUUGCAUGAAUGCAGUAGGAAAAGCAAAGAAUCCUUCUUUCACACAACAGUUUAAAUUUAGGUUGAAGGAGACUACGUGCAAUGGGCUUCUCAUCUCAAGAAUCUGUGUGUGAGUUUCUCUGCAGCAGUAUGGUGAUAUAGCCAGGAAAUCAGUUAACGUAGCAUAGUUAUAGGGCGGGCACUAACAUUUACUGUUAGGUUUUCAUCUCAACAGCAGCCUUACGUGAAACUAAAUAAACUUUAUUUGUUGUCUUCUGUGUGCUGCUUACCUCAAGUAUUAAGUCAGCUGGGGGCGGAGGCAUUUUCUUUAGUACUUACUGCAGCAUGGAUUAAGCAUUUUCAUGACAGCAGUCAAGUGCUGCUGCUGUCAGGAUAGCGAUAGUGCUAUUGACCGUGUUUUGAGCAGAGGGGGGGACAGUUGCAUUUGUUUGGAGGAAGGCAGGGCAGUGAUACGAAGAGCUGGCUGAGAAAUUGGUGUUAAAAUGUGUUAAGAGAAGUGACCUGAUUUGGGCGUAGCUACUGUGGUAAACAAAAGUCAGUACUUAACUGCAGAUUGUGAGGCUGAGCACAGAAGGUGACAGUAAAUUAACAGACUAUGCAAACAUUAUGGGAACAGAAAAUGGCUUGUGAGGGAGGUACUCAGAUUUCAUAUAAUUUAAGUUAAAUGAGUUAAACAUCUAGAAGAGAAGUAUUACAUACAUCCAAAUGCGGCAUUUGAUGCAGGAGGCAGUUGAAUGACAAGAUUGAUUGGCAUGUUUGGAAGUGCAGUCACCUGUGGUGAAGGGGGAAAAGUAGCAGAUGGGGUGGAAAAUGAGGAGACCGAGGAUGCAUCAGAAUGGAUCCCACAGAGAACAUAAGCAAGGUAUAUUAAAUGUAUGCCAGCGUCUGCUGUUGGCAAAUACAUUUCCUGACUCUUCAUAUCUGUUGGCAGCAGUGAUUAAGAUCUACUCUUUAUUGAAUGUAUGUUGAUUUGGUCUGCUUGUCAGCUUGUGAGCUUUUCUGUGAAGACUAAUUACCGAGUGGGAGAGUGCUGAGAAUGCUGUUCUGUGUUUCCCCAUUUAACACUUGAAGGCAUUGACAUGUUGGUGAAUUGACCCCUCAAAAAGAAGUAUUUAUCCAAUAACUUCUUCUCCACAAUUAAACAGAGUAGUGCUGCAUGGCGAUUCCUGGUAAUCUCAUUAGAGAAGUGAUCUGUUCUGUCAGUUGUCUACCACAGCAAGUAUUACAGAUGGCUUUUGUUAAAUGUGAAGCCCUACUGAAAGGAUGACACCCUGCUUUCUCUUCUUUAAAACUGAGUAUUGAAAAACAGCCUGGCAUCAUGGAUCGCUCUCGGCACCGUGCAGGGAAUGGCAAUGAACAGGCAUCUUCACGAGAGCAUGGUCAUGGUGAAGAUGAGAGACAGCGACAGCUGGAGCGCCUCAGCAGGGAGGAAGCCUAUUACCAGUUCAUCAAUGAACUCAAUGAAGACGACUACAGGUUGAUGAGAGACCACAACCUGCUUGGCACUCCUGGGGAAAUAACAGCAGAAGAGUUGCAGCAACGUUUGGAAGGGGCUAAGGAGCGUCUGGCGUCACAGUCUGAUCUGGAAAACAGAGAAGGUGAAGGUAGAACUGCUGGAGAUUCUGAUGUUCUUGCAGAAAACUCAAAUGGUGAUUCUUUGCUUGAAUGGCUGAACACGUUUCGUCGCACAGGAAAUGCCACUCGCAGUGGACAGAGUGGGAACCAAACCUGGAGAGCUGUGAGUCGGACAAAUCCAAACAGUGGGGAAUUUCGAUUUAGUCUUGAAAUCAACAUAAAUCACGAGCAUAACAAUUUUGAAACCACUGGUGAAGAAUAUGUGGGCAUAGAUCGUAGCAGAAUGUAUUUAGAAAGAAGACAUCAAAGAGCUGUCAGUCCAGUAACCACACGAACAAGAAGCAGGACGACAAGAGAAGCGAACAGCCAGGCUGCAAGCACUGCAAGAACCAGGUCUUUAAGAAGCUCUGUAGUGCAAAGCUCUGAAGCAGCCUCUCUUCCAAUCUCAGGGAGGCUCAGGAGUAGAACGAGGGAAUUGACUGGCCUUCACCAAACAAAUACUACACGUCAUAGUUCUACAACUGCUGGUGAACAAAGAGAAAUGCCAGAAAGAGGUACUUCUACAAGAGUCACAAGACGCAGUAGAUCUAGAGCUAACGUUCGGGUGAAUUCAAACCAAAGACUGGAAAUUCUGCGGUUGAGGUCUACUUUGAGUAGUCGAAGCCGCUCUCCACUGCAGAGGCAAGGUGAGACUGCUUAUUCUAGGGAACUUGGGCAGAGGCAGAAUAGAAGUACACAGCAAGCUAGUAGAGGUAGAAGACAAACAGCACAACAUCCUCAGCAGCCUGCUGAAGAGCAAGCAAGAAAUAACACUCAAACGUCUCAGCCUUCCUCUGCAGCCCCAUCCACGGGAUUAACUUCAGAAGAGGAGGAAUCUAGUAGGCCAGUAGCCGCUGUUAGAAGGCAUCCAACAAUUACUCUAGAUCUUCAAGUGAGAAGAAUUCGUCCUGGAGAAAACAGAGAUCGGGACAGUAUUGCUAGCAGAACUCGUUCUAGAGUAGGAAUGGCAGAAAACACAGUUACUUUUGAAAGUGACACUGGAGGAUUUCGGAGGACGAUAUCGCGCUCAGAACGUGCGGGUAUUCGAACCUACGUUAGCACCAUACGGAUCCCUCUGCGUCGGAUUUCAGAAACUGGGCUUGGCGAGCCUUCAUCAGUGGCUCUUCGGUCAAUCCUUAGACAAAUUAUGACAGGUUUUGGAGAACUGAGUUCUUUAAUGGAAACUGAAUCUAACUCAGAAAUGCAAAGAGGUGCUCAUCACUUACCAGAUGUACAGGCAGAGCAGAAUAACUCAAGCUCAGUAAACAAUAGCAGUGAUCCCAGUGAGGUUUCUCCUCGGAAUGGGCACGCAGUAGAAGACGACAGUGAAAGAAACAGACGGAGUGAUGAUACACAACACUAUGGUCGCAGUAAUGAGAACCAGGAUAACAGACAGUCUCAAGACGCUAACAGCCUGGUGGAAAAUGGAACUCUGCCCAUCCUUCGGCUUGCCCACUUCUUCCUGCUGAAUGAAGACGAUGAAGACGAGCGUUUAAGAGGUUUAACCAAAGAGCAGAUUGACAAUCUUUCUACUCGGAAUUAUGGGGAUCUCCACGCUGAGGAGGAAAUAAGUAAAACAUGCAGUGUUUGCAUUAAUGAAUAUGUAACGGGAAAUAAGCUAAGGCAGUUACCUUGUAUGCAUGAGUUUCAUAUUCAUUGUAUAGAUCGCUGGCUUUCUGAAAAUUCCACUUGCCCAAUUUGUCGGCAGCCCGUAUUGGGGUCCGAUGCCACAGACAACGGCUAAAAUCAUUUGUACUACUCAAUAUUUAAAGAUCUACUUCUGCUCUGUUUAUGAUGAGCCAGAGCAAAUGAAUUGACUUGCAUAGGGGUCCAUUUGUGUGGGGAAUUUUGUUAGGUUUCUUUAAAAAUAAUAGGAAACUUGUCUAAAUCUAGCAAUGUAAAUAACUAUUUUUCUCCAAGUGCAGAUCUAGGAGUACACAUAGAACCAAAUGAUAUCGGUAAAGUUUAUAUUUUUUUAGGUAAUUUUGUUAUGCUAAGCACUUUUGUAAAUAGAGAAAUGCAAUAGUUAAUCGGUCCUGCUUCUCCUAUGUUUUUUUUUAACAGCGUAAUGGACUCACUUUAUUUAGAUUACAAAUUGUUUCACACAGACCUACCACUGUGUUGAAAAAUUAGUGUCUAAAUAGCCAUUCAUUAGCUUUUUGUUCUAAGAACAAUUUCUUUUACAGAGUCUCUUGCUGGAUAUGUUUGCUAAAAGUAUUUAAGUUACUUGAAGUGCUCAUUUUAAUAUACAAUAUAUUUUUUUUAACAUUCAGAUAUCCUUUCCAAAAACUUGCCAAUUUGGUUCUAUUUAAAAUUCUUAUGGCAAUUUUUGCAUGUGGUUUUACACAAUGCUUAAUGCUGACAAGUUCAUGUUCAAAAGGAUGGAUUAGUGAUAAAAAUGCGCAUAAUUAAAAGCUGUCUCUGACAAUCGCUGUCUCUUCAGUACAGACAGCCGUCACGUUGAUGACAAUUCCAAGAGUGUGUCUUAAUGAACAUGUUUGCUCAAGGAGUAAAUGAGCAUUGAGAAAGCCUUUUUACUUUUCCAAAUUACUCAAUAUUCAUGUUUGUUUUUUUUAACUGCCUUAGUUUAAGGAGGGAAAUAAUUCCUUAAUCAUUAUAUUGUCAACAAUAUGCAUGUUUUGUGCAUCCUACUCAGAAAAACAAAGGCUUGAAGUGUUUUUGUACAGAAUUUUAAGGUACAUAUGUUACUAGUCCUCUUGAAACAUAUCUGAGGAGCAAAUGGCAAAAGACACUAAAAAGGACAAGUAAGCUUCCUUUGAAGUCCCCAAAUUAUUGUACUAUUAGAUAUUAAACUUUAUACCAGUAACUUAUAAAGAAAUAAAGUUGCAAAACAA